UAAAAUGCACAUGCUGUUUUUAAAAAUAAGUUAAAACUGAGGGGAAUAUGCAAUAGCCAACAAUUUCUUGAUAGUUUUUUACUGCUUACAUACUUAACAGUUUACCCUCUGUAGGUACUUGGGAGACAGUAUGCAAUUUUGUGUUUAUUGGAUCGAUUUUAGAGCUGAACAUACAGAGUGAAAAGUGUAAUUUAAUAACAACAAAGACAUUUUGCUAUGUGGCCUAUGCAUCAGAUACGUGAAAACCUUUGAAAUGCUUGUAAGACUCCAUGAAGACAAACAAACGAACAAGGAAGUCAUUUAUAUAGCUGUUCUAUCACUUUCGAUUCCUGGAAACUACCUGACUUGUUUUUACCGUCAAAUAAACUGCAGAAGAACGAGUCUACCAAAAAGCAGACAUUCGUUGGUAGCUGAGAGUUCUCUCCUCAGGUAUUUUAGCCGGCGACCAUGAAUGAGAGUACGUUGAUCCCCGUUGAUCAUUCCACUGCACAGUUCCUUGCCCAGUGUGGUGAGGUUCUGAUCAAUGUUGUGCAGAGAAAGUUUGGCAUCUGCGCCGUUCUUCAAAACAUAGAGAACAGCAGGACAGCCCAGAUGAGCGGGGUGAAGCGGUGCUCAGUGCAUCUGUCGGGCGGGCCUGAGGUCUCUGUGUGGAAGGACGACCUGACCACUCACCGCGUGGAUGCCGUCGUCAAUGCCGCCAACGAGCUCCUCAGCCAUGGGGCAGGGCUGGCAGGCGCACUCUCUCGAGCUGGCGGGCCACAGAUCCAGAAGAUGAGUAAUCAGUAUAUUAAAGAAUUUGGAAAGGUAGCCACUGGAGAGGCAGUCAUCACACCACCCGGAGCCCUCCCCUGUAAAGCCAUUAUUCAUGCCGUAGGUCCGCACCUUUCCGAUCGACCGAACACUGAAGAAGUUGCGAACGCAUCACGUUUAUUGAAACGUGCAGUUGAAUACAUCUUAUAUUUGGCAGAAAGAGAAUCCUUCCAAUCUGUUGCCAUUCCUGCUCUGAGCUCUGGCCUGUUUAAUUUCCCUCUCGAUCGCUGCGCAGAAAUUAUUGUGAACGCCGUGAAAGAUUACCGCUACGGUUCACAGCUUUCAGAAGUUCGCCUGGUCAAUCAUGACGAGCCUACAGUCUCAGCGAUGGAGAAGGCUUUCAGAGAGAUUCUGGAAUCCAAGGCAUCCUACAGCGGAGCUGUUAAGGAUGUCAGAACCAGCGUGGCUGCUUUGCCAUCAUUGCAGAUGGGCAGUGUCACCAUGCAUAUCAAAACAGGGCACAUUGAACAAGAGAAGGUGGAUGUAAUUGUGAAUACAAUAUCUCCAGACCUUAAUUUAUUUAAAGGAGAUGUUUCAAAAGCAAUAUUGAAAAAAGCUGGCAACAACAUUCAAAAAGAGAUACACGCAUCACAGUUGACCAGUCAGUUUGGGGAUGUCAUUGAAACCAGUUCCCAUCAUCUUGAUUGUUCUCGUGUAUACCACACUGUUUGUGCAGUGAUAGGAGAUAAUGGGUCUAAGAUUCUACGUUCAGUUGUUAGAAAAUGCUUGGACAAGGCAGUCAAGGGCAAGUACUCAUCCAUCUCCUUCCCUGCCAUUGGCACUGGUAAUCUGGGCUUCAAAAAAGAGGAAGUCGCCAAAUUAAUGAUAGGAGAAGUUGCAGAUUUUGCCAAACAACACAAAGGACAGAAGGUGGAUGUUUAUUUUGUUUUGUUUCCCAGUGAUUUGGGGAAAAUAAAGGCUUUUCAAAAUGAGAUGGCUUUUCACAAAGGAAAACAGUCCAGUGAAUUCAGCACUGCUAGCAAAGAAAUCUAUCCAGUACCAUCAGGCUCCUAUGAUGGUGGCCGGGCUCGCACUGGAGAACAACCAUGCAUUGAGCUUCGCAGUGCCUUCAAAGCAGAUCAGAGGGAAGCGGCAAGAUGGAUUGCUGAAAUGGUUUACUUGACCUCCAAUAAAUGCACCAUACUUAACAACCACAUCCUGUACUUUGGCCAGAAAGAGCAUGCGGAGCUCCAGGACUUCCAGGCUGCUUUUGAUUUGUCCAUUCGGGAGUUCCUUAAGGAUGGUAUAGCUGGGGUGACCAUCACAGGACCCAAGCUAGGAGUGCGGGAGGCUGCGCUGAGGGUGGAGGCUUUGUGCUGUGAGGCCCAGGAGGAAUUUGCCCGGACCGAGGAGAGCGCCAUGAUGCACAACGUGGUCCGCUGGAGGUUCACUGAAUUCCCCGGGUUUGAAGAACCGGAAAUCACUGGCACUUUGGAAAGGGCCCUCCUUGCAAGAUGUGACACUCUGACCAUUGAAGUGGACGGUUGCGAUCUCCAGGUUUCCCUCAGAAAAAUGGAGGCAAAACAUCCCAAUGGGAGGGGCUGUCAUAUUGAUAGGAAAUGCUUGUAUAGAGACAAUCCCAUGGACCUGAAAUUCCAUAAUGGGUCCUUUUAUCAAAGGACGGUGGUAGAUCUUAAGGCCCUUGGCUAUGCAGAUCAAGACUUUAUUGACCUUGAUGUCGUUAAGAUUGAGAAGGUGGAGAACCCUCUUCUGAAGCAUCAUUUCCAGCAGAAGGAGAGACAGGUGUCCGGCAGUCCCAAGCGCCUGUACCAGCAGGUUCCAGCACAGUUCUGUGACCUGGUGUGCCGUGUUGGGUUCCAGAGGCAGUACUCCCCACCCAAGGAGCAAAAGUAUGGAGCUGGAAUCUAUUUCGGUGGCAGUUCGUCUACAGCGAGGAAGCUGGCAGAGCACUUGGAAAACGAGGAGUACAUGUACAUUUUUCAGGCGCAGGUGUUGACAGGAAAGGGCACCAUGGGAUCACCUGACCUAAUCAUUCCUCCUGCCCUUGGCUCAGACCCCCUCUGUCGGUAUGACAGUGUAAACGGUGGCAGAGACACUCAUGUCAUCUUCAACAGUCACCAGGCUCUUCCUGUGUAUCUGCUUACAUGCAGAAAACAUGUUCAAUAAGGUACUUCCCUGUAGACAUGGCGCAUGUGGUGCAUAGCUUGAAAUAAUACAGUGAACAGGGAGUUUGGUGUGCAGGCUGAAGACCAAAAUGAAAAAUAUGAGAAAGAUUAUAGAAUUUGAAAAUGGUCACUGUGAAAAACAGGUUUAUCUAAAAUAGUAUAGACUGCUGACCCUUGAUAUUAUUUUUUUUUAACUUAAAUGUUUUAGAAAUGCCUCUCAACCAACAGCCUAAUAACCCCUGGAACAACAAGUGAUUGAAGUUCCAAGACAUUUAGUAUCUAGGGAAGAACUGUUUUGAAGUGCAUAUGAUUUCAUUUGACGUUUUAUUUGUUUUUGGAUUCCUUUUUUCCUUUAGAAAUAAAUCAGAAAUGGGAGCUUGGCUCACUGAAGUUAGCAUAUUGCAUAGUUUUAUGUAUCUAGUUGGCAAACAUUUUGCAAAACAUUUUUCUUAUGUUUAUCAAGAAAUUACUUCUUAUGAUUGUAAUAGAUUUAAAUGAUUUCUGGUAAAUGGAUUAGAGCUCUGUGUAAAGUGUAUUUCUCUUAUGGUUAUAUUCUGAAUGAUUAAAUUAGACAAUCCUGGUUUUAUGGUUAUGAAAUUAAACCUCAGUAUAUGGCCAUUACAUCUUAAUCAUACACCUGUAAGUGAAAAGACUUUCUUGUCAUGACAUAAUGUCAAUAUAUAAAUUUUAAAUAAAUAGCUAAGUACCAAAUAGCCUUUUUUGAUCAAAUGACAUAGAAUGUGUAUUUGUGGGUCAACUAACUUUAUUAUAGCCUGUUAUCCAACUGUCUUUUUUUUAAUUGAAAAUAUUGAAUAUAGAAAACAGCCAUCAGUUUUCAUAUAUGUACAAAGAAGCACACAUUAAUGUAAUCAGCAGUAUGCAAUAUGCAAAGUGGCUUAACAGCCCUACAAAUACAAGCUAGUGCGUCAUUAUCCUUUCAUGAAAUACCUAUAAUGUCAUGCUAGGUGUACUGCUGCAUAGUUUUCUUAAGGAAUGCAGUGGAACAGGGGCAGCAAGUGCCACCCCAAACCAAGCUAUCUUCUGCUGUGUUUCAAUAUCUUAAAUUGUUGUACCCAUAUGUCUGUCUAAGUCAGGUUACAUAUUUAAAACCAUUUUUUUUUUUUAACUGUACCUUAUACAGUCACUUGGAGGACCAUUAUGCAACUCAUGCCCAAUAACAAGAUUGACAAUGAGAACAAUACUGUAUGUGCCUUGGACAAUUUCUUUUUGGCGUGAUCCACUUAUUGGUAGAGGAAUUCCCUUAUCAUAAACCAGUGUACUGAAAAUAAAAUAAAAAUCACACUCAGUUUACUU